UGUUACACGGACAUCUGUUCCACUGAGGAGUUCUGUGAUGAUGGAGUGCGGCACUGCCGACAGUGUAACGACAUCCGGGAUAAAUGUAUGGAGACGUCGCUUCCGGCUGAAUGCAGGUCAUUGUGUGUAGGAUAUUUGACGAACAAAGGCGUGGAAUCAAUCAUACAAAGGAACAAGGUUGCCGACUGUCCAGACCUCGGCCCGCUUGAACAUGGAAACUACAAAAAUGUUUCUAAUUAUCGUCACGGAACUACCGUUACGUUUAUGUGUGAUGAGGGAUACCGGCUGGUCGGCAUGAACACGUCAACGUGCGGGGACUUCAAGACAUGGUCCUCUCCUGUGCCCGUUUGUGAAGAUGACGAAAGUUCGGACACAAACUAAACUCUACAAAAUGUUGCAAUAAUAAUAGCCGUUGUCGAGUUUAUUGUAAUAGCCGGCCUGAUAGGGUUUUGUUGUUACAAAAGGUACACUAACUCUUGCAAGUACACGCCCGUCAAUACAGGGAACGACAGCUAUUACACUCACAGCAACAACAACCACGUUAAUAUCGCGGAAAGGGUACUUGAUGUAAAAGACCCUGACAGAUCUAAUCAAAGCGCUGAAAGCGCUGCAAGACUGUCGGUGACGUAACUGAAGCAAGCAAACACUACCGCAAAGUUCUUUCAAAUGAAACGUGAUCAAAUGAUUUCAUACAAAUGAUGAACACUCUUUAAGGUAGAUGAAGAAGGAUAAAUGUGAUUAUAAUAAGCACAAAUAUAUUGGCCCUACUUAAUCAUGUAUCCAAUGGCCUACAAGAUUCUUAAUUCAAAUUUCCUAAUUCUGAACUACUUUAAAUUAGUUAAAUGCAUAUUCAUUAUGUUAAAAUUGCUUCAAUUUAUGAAGUCGCUUAUAACAGUUUCAGUAAGCAAUUACAUUCCUUCAUUUCAUUAGGGUCUGUUGAAGCCAAUGUCUUUAAAAUGCAAAUACAAUACAAACUAUACCCAAGAUUCAAGGGACAUAAUAAAAAUAUAACUUUAAAAUGAUGCUCUUUCAAGCCUAAAAAUGCCUCCCAGAACUUCUAUCAACAGAGUCCACAUAUCUACAAAAAUUGUGCUCGAGUUACUUUCUUUGAUAUAAAGGGGAAACAAAUCUGCAUGGUGCUGUGGCAUCAUACCAUGAAAAAAACUAAUAUCUUUAAAAUUUGUUUUCUAGUGUGUUUUUAUUAUAAAAGUGUUAAUAA